AUGGGCAUUGCCAGCCAAGCGAAAGCGGACGCUCCCCGAUCCUUUGAGGGCCCCCGGGCAGGCUGUGAGCGCGGCCCCCGGUGCCGGUGCCGGCCGCCCCGCCGCGCCGCACGGAGCAUGCCUCUGAGCCCCGCCGGCAGCAAACAUGAGAGCCCGGAGUCGCCGCCGCCAGAGCCGCCGCCGGAGCGACAGCCCCGCGCCGCCGCCGCCGCCGCCGGGGAGCCGGGCGCCGGCCUGCGGGAGGAGACGCGGCUCGACCCGGCCCGGGGCCCCGGCGGGCCCCGCUCCCCCAAGCUGGCGGCCCCGGCGCGCAUGGAGGAGCCCGCGCCCGGCGCCAUCGUCGUCCGCAUCGGCAUCCCCGACCUCCAGCAGACGAAGUGUCUACGGUUGAAUCCAGACGUUCCCGUGUGGGUUUCCAAGCAGCGAAUCCUCUGCACUUUGAACCACAGCCUGAAGGAUGUUCUGAACUAUGGGCUCUUCCAGCCGGCCUUCAACGGCAGGGCUGGGAAGUUUCUGGAUGAGGAGCGCCUGCUGAGGGAGUACCCCCUGAAUCCAGACACUCCUGUCCCCUACUUGGAGUUCCGGUACAAAAGGCGUGUGUACACCCAGACUUUGCUGGAUGACAAGCAGUUUGCCAAGCUCCAUACAAAGGCAAAUCUGAAGAAGUUCAUGGAGUACGUGCAGCUGCUAAAUGCGGAGAAGGUCUGCAGACUGCUGGAGAAGGGACUGGACCCCAACUUCCAUGAUCCGGAUACUGGAGAGUGUCCCCUGACCGCGGCCGCACAGCUGGAGCUCAGCGCCGAGAUGAUCAAAGCACUGCGCAACGGGGGAGCGCACCUGGAUUUCCGGACACGGGAGGGAAUGACAGCUCUUCACAAGGCCGUCCGGUGCCGCAACCAUGCGGCGCUGCUGACGCUGUUGGACCUCGGUGCCUCCCCGGACUACAAGGACAGCCGGGGGCUGACGCCCCUGUACCACAGUGCCAUGGUGGGGGGGGAUCCCUACUGCUGCGAGCUCCUGCUGCACGACUACGCCCGGCUCGGCUGCGUGGACGAGAACGGCUGGCAGGAGAUCCACCAGGCAUGUCGCUAUGGCCAUGUUCAGCACCUGGAGCAUCUUCUCUUCUAUGGCGCUGAUAUGACUGCACAGAAUGCCUCAGGAAACACUGCUCUUCAUAUUUGUGCUCUCUAUAACCAGGAGAGCUGCGCUCGGGUUCUCCUCUUCCGCGGUGCGAGCAAAGAGAUUCGCAACUACAACAGCCAGACGGCAUUCCAGGUGGCCAUCAUUGCAGGGAAUUUUGAAUUGGCUGAAAUCAUCAAAACCCACAAAGAGUCCGAUGUUGUGCCUUUCAGAGAGACGCCCAGCUACACGAAGCGGAGACGGAUCCUCGGUGCCGGUGGCCUCUCCUCCCCGCGCAUACUGCAGCGCUCGGCCAGCGACAACAACCUGAAGGCGGAGAGCCGGGCGUCCUACUCGCCGGUGCCCUCGCUCCGCAGCCUGCCCCCACAGCUGCUGGCGCAGAUGCAGGAGGCGGCGGCGGGGGCCGCGGCGGGGGACGGCAGCCUGGCGAGCUCCGGCAGCGCCCGCAGCGCCCACAGCCGCUCCCCGUCCCUGCAGCGGGUGCAGGAGGAGAAGGAGGCUGACCUGCCCACACUCCGGAGGAGCAGCCGCAGCAAGGCCAGCCCCGGCGGCCCGGCGGGGCCCCCCGGGCCCGGCCCCGGCGCCGAGCCCGCGCCGCACGCCGCGCCCGCCCCGCUGCGCGGGCCCAAGCGGAAGCUGUACAGCGCCGUGCCCGGCCGCAAGUUCAUCGUGGUGAAGAGCUACGCGCCGCAGGGCGAGGGCGAGAUCCAGCUCAACCGGGGCGAAGCCGUCAAGGUGCUGAGUAUUGGCGAAGGUGGCUUUUGGGAAGGAACCGUGAAAGGAAGGACUGGCUGGUUCCCGGCAGAAUGUGUUGAGGAGGUGCAGAUGCGACAGUAUGAUCCACGGCAAGAAACAGUUUUUCCCAGGACCGCGGGGAUGGGGCUCGGUGGACGACCAUCCAGCUGGAGAGCUCGGAGACCAGCAGAAACCAGAGAAGACAGAACAAAGCGUCUCUUCCGACAUUAUACUGUGGGCUCUUACGACAAUUUCACCUCUCACAGUGACUACAUCAUUGAGGAGAAGACGGCCGUGCUGCAGAAGAGGGAGCAUGAGGGAUUCGGGUUUGUGUUGCGAGGGGCCAAAGCUGAAACCCCAAUUGAGGAGUUCACGCCAACCCCAGCCUUCCCAGCGCUCCAGUACCUGGAAUCAGUGGAUGUGGAAGGUGUCGCUUGGAGAGCAGGGCUUCGCACGGGAGACUUUCUGAUUGAGGUGAAUGGUGUCAACGUGGUGAAGGUGGGGCACAAGCAGGUGGUCUCCUUGAUCCGGCAAGGGGGGAACCACCUGGUGAUGAAGGUUGUUUCCGUCAGCCGCAAGCCAGAAUCAGAAGAAGUUGUUCGGAAGAAGGCUCCGCCGCCUCCCAAGAGAGCACCCAGCACCACCCUGACGCUGCGUUCCAAGUCCAUGACGGCCGAGCUGGAAGAGCUGGCCUCCAUGCGGAGAAGAAAAGGGGAGAAACUGGAUGAGAUUUUGGCAGCAGCCGAGCCCGCGCUGAGAGCAGACAUUGUGGAAGCAGAUUCUAGGGCAGCCACUGUGAAGCAGCGACCAACAAGCCGGCGCAUCACGCCAGCAGAAAUCAGUUCACUCUUUGAACGCCAGGGUAUGGCAGCACACUCGGGGGUCCUUGCGGGAGCUGAGAAGCCCCAUGUUUCACUGCGCAAAGGAAUUCCACGGACAAAAUCUGUAGGUGAAGACGAGAAACUUGCUGCUUCUUUGCUAGAUGGGAAGUUUCCCCGGAGCACAUCGAUGCAAGACACUGUUAGGGAAGGACAUGGGAUUCCACCACCACCUCAGACAGCCCCACCCCCACCUCCUUCUCCAUAUUACUUUGACACAGGCCCCCCUCCAUCCUUCUCGCCACCUCCACCCCCAGGAAGAGCUUAUGAUACCAUAAGAUCAAGCUUUAAGCCAAGCCUGGAGGCUAAGCUCCACGGACUCCCGCAGGUCAUUAGCGCAGCUGAGAUGUAUGAUCAGGCGAGGACUUCCAUUCCUUACCCUGAAAGGCAGAAGAGGGCCCGAUCCAUGAUAAUCCUACAGGAUUCCUCUCAUCUUCCCGUGGAGCCAACAGAGAUCCCCCGGCCUGGCCCAUCUGCAACCCCUCCAGAGAAGCUGAAGAGGAAGGGGAGAGUGAUUGACAACCCUUAUGCCAACAUGGGUCAGUUCAAUGUCAGCCUGUUUGCUCCCACCAAGCCACAGAGGAAGAAGAGUCCUCUUGUUAAGCAGUUACAAGUGGAGGAUGCACAGGAGCGAGCAGCACUGUCCAUCACCGGAGGCUUUACAAGGGAGCCCUCUCCCACCCGCAGGAGCCAUCGCCUGAGUGGAGUCGAAUAUCAGCACCACACCGGCAUUGCUCAGGUUGAAGCCACAAGCAUCCCCUUUGCCACUGCCAUCGCCGGAGUCAUGAAGGACAGAGACCGUCGUCUGGAUGAGAGGCGGAAAUCCACUGUCUUCCUCUCGGUUGGGGCCAUUGAAGGAACCCCCCCCAGCAGCGACAUGCCAUCCUUGCAGCAGUCCAGGUCUAUUGAUGAGCGGUUGUUAGGAAGCCGAGAUGUACUACUGCCUUCCCCCGUCUCAGCUUUAAAGCCAUUAAUUAGCAGCUCAUCCUCAACGUUCAUCCACCCCCUCACAGGAAAGCCCUUGGAUCCGAACUCACCACUGGCGCUUGCGCUGGCCGCAAGGGAACGGGCCCUCUCAACUCAAGUCCCAUCCCGGUCGCCCACCCCGAUCCACAGCCCAGACUCAGACAGAGCAGCACCCCUGUUUGUGGACAUCCAAACCAAAGAACCAGAGAGGGGGGAGUUGGAGAGCUUGGUGUCCCCUGCGUACUCACCUGGAGGCAAAGGGGCAAUCGGAACAGACUCUGGGACUUUGGCCCCUACCAAGAGCCAGUGGGGGACUCCGUCCACACUGAGAAAAGAAACUGAGGCAAGAGCAGAAACACCUGGGAAGGAGGAAAAGAAACAAGAAGACAAGAAGUCCAUGAUUAUUAGCAUAGUGGAUACAUCACAGCAGAAGACCGCUGGCCUCAUCAUGGUUCAUGCCACAAGUAAUGGCCAAGACGAGAUAGGACUUGAGAUAAAAGAGGAGAAACCAGCUGUCCCUGAAGCAUGCACAGAGCCAGCGGAGUCCCCCAAAGCAGAGACCCAGCCCAGUCCCGUGGGAAAGCCUCCAGUCAGUCCAGCCUCUGACAAGACAUUGGGACAAGGGAGUUCGGAGGAAGAAGUGGAGCCCUACACGGUUACCCUCCCACCAGCUCAGUUGUCUUCAAGUGACGAAGAGACCAGGGAGGAGCUGGCCAAGAUAGGGCUGGUGCCUCCACCAGAUGAGUUUGCAAACGGGGUACUGGUCACCACCCCUGGCACACCAGUCAGCCACCUGGCUACGCCUAGCACGCCAUCCAUACCAGCGGCAGCAGUAGCACCUUCUACCACUGGCGGAACACCCUCAGGGAAGCCCUCUGAUGCCCCCGUAGCCCCAGAGUCUGCUGCAGACUCGGGAGUGGAAGAGGUGGACACCAGAAGUUCAAGUGACCAUCACCUGGAGACCACAAGCACCAUCUCUACGGUCUCCAGCAUGUCUACGUUGUCCUCAGAAAGCGGGGAGCCUACUGACACAUACACUUCCUUUGCGGAUGGACAAACUUUUAUACUCGAGAAGCCACCAGUGCCUCCAAAGCCAAAACUCAAGUCCCAGCUCAGCAAGGGGCCAGUUACUUUCAGGGACCCACUUUUGAAGCAGUCUUCGGACAGCGAGCUCAUCUCCCAGCAACAUGCGGCCACUCUGGCAUCAGCCAGCAUUGGCCGGCCACGCUACCUCUUUCAGAGAAGGUCCAAGCUAUGGGGGGACCCCAUGGAGAGCAGGCCAAUCCAUGGGGCUGAUGAUGACAAGCCAACUGUGAUCAGUGAGCUAAGUUCCCGACUACAGCAACUGAAUAAGGAUACACGAUCACUGGGGGAGGAACCAGCCGGGUCCACGUUAGAUCCCGGGAAGAAGUCACCUGUGGUCGCGGCACGACUUUUCAGUAGUUUAGGAGAACUCAGCACCAUUUCCCAGCGGAGCUCCGGGACCACCUACACAGUCCGACCUGGCAGUCGCUACCCCGUAACCCGACGUACCCCCAGCCCCGUGAAGCCGGCUCUGGAUCGGACAGAGCCCCUCAGCACCGUCCGGCCCUAUGGUCUGACCCCUCCCACCAUCCUCAAAUCUUCCAGCCUCUCCAUCCCACACGAGCCCAAGGAGGUGCGCUUUGUGGUGAGGAGCGUGAGCGCCCGGAGCCGCUCCCCAUCCCCGUCCCCCUCUCCAGGGCCGCCCCUGCACACCCUCCACCCGCCUCGGCCCUUCAUGCAGAAACCCCUCCAGCUGUGGAACAAGUACGACGUCGGGGACUGGCUGGAAAGCAUCAAUUUGGUGGAGCACCGAGACAAGUUUGAGGACCAUGAAAUAGAGGGCACGCACUUGCCCGCCCUCACCAAGGAGGACUUUGUGGAGUUGGGGGUGACCCGGGUUGGGCACCGGAUGAACAUUGAGCGGGCACUCAAGCAGCUGGUAGACAGCUGACCGUCCCAGGCAGC